AUGAAAUGCAAAUGCCUAAGUAAAGCGUAUGUCCCAUCCAGAACUCUGAAAAUUGGUCAAUCUUCAUCUGCUCCAAUUUCGUCUCCUGGUCGAAUCCCAGUAUCGGUAUCUCUCCCUGUUUCAUUUGAAAUACAUCGUUCAAACAUCUCUACAACUCCACCACUUAAGGAUAAAACUCUUGAAAAUCCUUUUAUAAGAAACCUCUUGAGCAUGAGUGCUCAUCCUCCUAUCCAUCCUAAUACUUCGACUCCUUCUGAUCCUACAAAUCCUCAUGAUGACAUCUAUCUUCGCUCCAUUACUUCUCUACAGAAAUCAAAAAUAGCAUCCGACAACUUCUGGGCAAAAUACAUUACUAAACAAGUGGGACCUCGCUUCCCAGGUCUUCCUACACCUGAUAUCUCAACUGUGCAGUUUCCCUUGCUUACUCUAUCCUCGGAAGCCUCAUCAGAUGAUGAAGCUCCAGCCACUCAAUGA